CGUCUCUUUAUAACUCCUCCCCCUCGGUUUGCUGAGAUGACGGCGCUCUGAGGGCCGCCAGGACGCCACCACGAGCAGAGGAGGUGAAGAAGUUUGGUGGACUUCUAACUCUGAGAAUAACCUGCAUGUUUCUGAGUUUGGAGUCUGACUGCGGCGCUCAGACCCGGCGCCUCAUCUCUGUUGUUUGGCGCUCAGACCCGGCGCCUCAUCUCUGUUGUUUGGCGCUCAGACCCGGCGCCUCGUCUCUGUUGUUUGGCGCUCAGACCCGGCGCCUCGUCUCUGUUGUCUGGCGCUCAGACCCGGCGCCUCGUCUCUGUUUUUGGGUGCUCAGACCCGGCGCCUCGCCUCCGUUGUCGGGCGCUCAGACCCGGCGCCUUGUCUCUGUUGUCGGGCGCUCAGACCCGGCUCCUUGUCUCUGUUGUUUGGCGCUCAGACCCGGCUCCUUGUCUCUGUUGUUUGGCGCUCAGACCCGGCGCCUCGUCUCUGUUGUCAGGCGCUCAGACCCGGCGCCUCGUCUCUGUUUUUGGGCGCUCAGACCCGGCGCCUCGUCUCCGUUGUCGGGCGCUCAGACCCGGCGCCUCGUCUCCGUUGUCGGGCGCUCAGACCCGGCGCCUCGUCUCUGUUGUCGGACGCUCAGACCCGGCGCCUCGUCUCCGUUGUUCGCCGUCGUGUCUGCUCUGAAGCGGUUGAACGGUUAACAGCGGAGUCUUCAUGAACCCUCGGGGUCCUGCAGCGUCUCCAGGUGAUUAGAAAGAGUCGGAUUUUUCAAUAAAUGAUGGUUUCUCUCCCGGUCUGCUC